AUGCGUCCACACCUUCUGGUAGCCCCCCUCGGUCUCGCGCCGGGGAUGGCGACAUCGACUGUCGAGCCCCGUCAAGCCACGGGCAUCACAGUUGACCUCGGGAAGACAUAUCAAACCAUGGACGGCUUCGGCACCUCGGAAGCCUUCCAGCGCGCCGUGACGAUGAAGCGACUCUCCGAGACGGAACAGCGGAAAUUCUUGGAUUUGAUGUUCAGUAUGGACAAAGGCGCUGGACUGAGUAUCCUACGAAACGGAAUCGGAUCCUCCCCGGACAUGAGCGACGACCACAUGGUGUCGAUCCAGCCGAGGAACCCCGGCGGCCCCAAUGCCGAACCCAAAUACGUCUGGGACGGUUCCGACAACGGUCAGCUGUGGGUGUCAACCGAGGCGGCGCACACAUACGGUGUCAAGACGUUUUACGCCAACGCUUGGAGUGCGCCAGGAUACAUGAAGACGAACGGGAACGAUGCCAACGGCGGCAGCCUGUGUGGCGUGUCGGGAGCUAGCUGCUCUAGCGGAGACUGGAAGCAGGCGUUUGCCAAUUACCUGAUGCAGUACGUUAAGUACUACGCCGCCGCCAACAUCUCUAUCACCCACCUUGGUUUUCUCAACGAACCCGAUUACACGACCUCGUACGCAUCGAUGCGGUCUUCCGGAUCCCAGGCCGCCGACUUUAUCAAAGUCCUCCGGCCGACCCUCGACAACAACGAUCUCGGUUCCGUCAUCAUAAACUGCUGUGACACGAUGGGAUGGACCACGAUGAACAGCAUGUUAAGCCAGAUGGGUAGCACGCAAUCCAUGCUCGGUACGGUGACGGGACACAGCUACACAUCCAGCGCCACUUCCCAGCUGUCGACCAAACUCAAGACGUGGAUGACGGAGGCCGCUGACAACAACGGCGCGUGGACGUCGGCGUGGUACUCCAACGGCGGCGCGGGGGAGGGCAUGACGUGGGCCAACCACAUCUACUCGGCCAUCACAGGCGCCAACGUGUCGGCGUACCUGUACUGGAUCGGCGGCCAGGACCGCAGCAGCAACACCAACAGUAAGAUGAUCCGCGUCGUCAACAAGCAGGUCGAUCCGUCCAAGCGACUGUGGGCGAUGGCGAACUGGAGUCGCUUUGUGAGGCCUGGCGCGGUGCGUGUGGGUGCUUCGGGCAGCGGCGUGAGGACAACGGCUUUCCGUAACGUGGACGGGAUGGUGUCGGUGCAGGUCAUCAACAGUGGUGGUGAACGGGCCGUGACCAUCACUGUUGGCGGUGGCGACUUCGUGGCUACCAAUGCUACGGCAUGGGUGACGGACAACACGAGGGACUGUAAUCCCAUCGCGGCCACAGUGGAUGCUACUGGGAAGGUCUCGGGCAACGUACCGUCGAGGAGCAUGGUCACAUUUGUGUUGCGCCCUGCCGCCGCGGCCAAGGUUUGA